CUCCGGGCGCCCUGGCAACGGGCCCACGCACGCGUCCUCAGGGCAGACCGUAAGAGGGGAAAGUGAAACCGCGAGGGCAGGGAGGCGGGUCUGGAGGGAAAGCGGUCCGCUUCCCGGAAGGGGCGGGACCAAUGGCGAGGGCGCUAGAUUCGAAACCGCGGCCGGGAGCGUCCAGCUUGGCGAGGCAGGCUGUUUGCCUGCUUCCUUGCUUAAGUGUUCUUCAGAUAACAGUUGAUAAUUGCCAGGAUGGGAGUGAAUGACUUGUGGCAAAUUUUGGAGCCUAUAAAGCAGCAUAUCCACUUGCAGGAUCUCAGUGGGAAAACCAUUGCCGUUGAUUUGAGUCUCUGGGUAUGCGAGGCACAGACAGUGAAGAAAAUGAUUGGAAUGGUCACCAAGCCGCACCUCAGGAACCUAUUUUUUCGUAUUUCACAUUUAACUCAAAUGAAUGUAAAACUGGUAUUUGUCAUGGAAGGGGAGCCACCAAAGCUGAAAGCUGAUGUCAUGAGCAAAAGGACUGAGACUCGUUAUGGGCCUUCUGGAAAAGCAAGGUCUCAGAAAACAGGAAGAUCACAUUUUAAGUCAGUCUUACGAGAGUGCCUUGAAAUGCUAGAGUGCCUAGGAAUGCCCUGGGUCCAGGCUGCCGGGGAAGCUGAGGCCAUGUGUGCUUACCUUAACGCCAGUGGCCAUGUGGAUGGCUGCCUCACCAAUGAUGGCGAUGCUUUCCUUUAUGGAGCCCAGACUGUUUACAGGAAUUUCACUAUGAACACAAAGGAUCCACAUGUUGACUGUUACACAGUAUCAUCUAUCAAGAGUAAGCUAGGCUUGGACCGCGAUGCUCUGGUUGGACUGGCGGUACUUCUUGGUUGUGAUUACCUUCCAAAGGGAGUACCUGGAGUUGGAAAAGAGCAAGCAUUAAAACUUUUGCAGAUUUUGAAAGGUCAAAGUUUGCUUCAGAGGUUUAACCAGUGGGUUGAAGAACCUUGCUACUCUGAUCCACAACCAGCAGCUAAAAAAGUGGUUCACUGUUCUGUGUGUUCCCAUCCAGGUUCGCCUAAGGAUCAUGAACGUAAUGGAUGCACAUUAUGUAAAAGUGAUAGAUACUGUGAACCACAUGAUUAUGAAUACUGCUGUCCUUGUGAAUGGCACCAGAGAGACCAUAAUAGGCAACUAAAUGAAAUAGAAAGCACUAUUAAAAAGAAAGCUUGCAGUUGCAAAGGAUUUCCAUUUCAUGAGGUCAUCCAAGAAUUCCUUUUGAAUAAGAAUAAAAUGUUGAAACCGAUCAGGUAUCAAAGACCUGAUUUACUAUUGUUUCAGAGAUUUACUGUUCAAAAAAUGGAGUGGCCCAGUCACUAUGCAUGUGAGAAAUUGUUGGUGCUUUUGACCCGCUAUGACAUGAUAGAAAGAAAACUUGGCAGAAGGAACUCUAACCAACUACAACCGAUUAGAAUUGUUAAGCCCCGAAUCAGAAAUAGAGUUCGCUGUCUUGAAAUACAAUGGGAAAAGCCUGAACACUAUGCAGUGGAAGAUACAGAAUCUGGAGAACUGGAUCUCCUUACAGUUGAAGAAGCAGCACUGUUUGAAGCAGCCUAUCCUGAAGUUGUUGCCGUCUACCAGAAACAACAGUCAGAAACUAAAGGAAAGAAACAGAAAAAUAUGAAAAUUAAGCCUAAAGGAAGCCAUUUACCGGAAUCAGAGGAUAUAAUCAGUUCUGAGUCACUUAUGACUUUAAAACCUACAUCUAAUGUCGUUCCAAAGCAAAAUCCCAAAAUUAAUUUGGAAAUUUCUCCAGAUCCUGUUUUAGCACAGAAAUCUACUUCUCCCUCAUUGAAUAGUUUUGUUUUCUCUGAAAAUGCUCAUUGUUUGCAUUUGCAAGAACAGUUCAUGCCUUCUCUAAAACCCUCAACUACAAAGCAAACUAAAGAUGUCAGUAAUUUUCUAGUUUCAGAUAAUCAGCCCAGCUCUUCUUCCCAUAAUAUUUCUGCAAUUGCUAAUCUACAGUUGAGUACCAUUGACUGGGCAGGUACUUCUUUUAGUAACUCUCCAGCUGUUCAAAGAAACACUUUCUCUCAAGAUUUACAAUCAGAACCUGAAUCAUCUGCCAUCCUUCCUGGCUUUGAACAACUAUCAUAUGACCCAGAACAGUGUACUGUAAACAGUGAAGUGUUGUGUAAAGAUCUUCAAAAGAUUAGUCCUGAAGAACAUAUCCUAUCUGGCAUCUCCACUUUAUAUCUUCACGAUUUGCCUCUAAAGGAACGAAUACAUGUAAAAUUCUCAUGCCCUCAGUAUAAUGUAGGAGCAGAUGCUGACCUGGAAAGUUUGCCCCUAAAGGUGAAAAGCUCUUGUAUUGGUGACAGUAGCUCUGGUGAUUCAUCACAUUUCUCAAAGGAACUUACAGGAGUGUAUCUGCACAAAGAGUCCAGAGACUCAAAAGUGGUGGACAGCCAACUCCUUCAAGAAAACUGUACGAUGACUACUUCCUUACCUCAUUCUUUCAAUGAUGAAGCAGUAAAGACUUCCAGUCUUAAAGUUGGGAUGCCAACUGCUGCUGUACCUUGUAAUAUAAAACUUGUUGAGAAAACUACUAAGAACCUUGUCGUGAAGAAUAGUGUUUGCCAUGAGAGAGACUCCUCAGAUGAAGAAAGUGUUCCAAUGUCCUGGAAAGCUAAGUACAUUGCUCCAAAAAUGAGACACAGCUCUCAGAAACAUAGCUUAGUCCAUGUCAGAGACAGUACUCACAACAAACACAGAAAUCCUAAAGAAUCUAAAGAAACCAAACUCUGCAUCCCAUCUUAUAAAAUAGCUGAAGAUGAAGAAAACAUAUUCUCAGAUCCAGCAAGAAGUCCUCAGAGUUUCCAAUACCAUCAUAAAAAUGAUGAGGACUCCACUGCCUCCUGGGAUAGUCCUCUCCCUCUGUGCCAGAGGUUAAAACUCAGGUUCCAGAACACUUGAAGUGGACUUUAUAAAUUCCAAGGAUUAAUUUGUUUGAAUGUUGUCAGCAUUAACAGAAGCAAAGCAGUGUUUGCUAGAAUUUUUACAAGAUUAUCUGCUAUUUUAAUUCAAAUUAUAAUUUUAAAAUGGUAAUAGCCAGGUGUAGCUCAUGCUAUAAUUGCUGUGUGUAGGAGGUGGAUGGAGUCAGGAGGAUCAGGAGUCAACCUCUGGCAUAUGGAAAAUUUCAGGACAAUCUAAGUUAUCUAAGAAAUAUAAAAAAAUUUAAAACUUUGACUACAAAAGGUGAGUCUCUGGUGACAGCUUUAAGUGGUGUAUUUUUUAGAACAUACUUUACCAUUCUUGAAAUGUCUUUAUUAUUUUUCAAGCUUUAACAUACUAGUAAGUAUAUCCUUUGACAGAGUAAAUAAUGCUUUAUCAUUUUUAGUUCUUCUUAUGUAAGCCUCUAAAGCAUUUGUUUAUAGUCUAGCUGUUCCCAAGAGGGUAGCACUUUAUAAUCGUAUCACAGUGCCUUUUAUGAGCCCUUCCUAGUGUCUGUAUUUCCCCUUCAUGUUAAAGUACAGUUAGCAUGCUCUUCCACUUUUAGUAAUAUCAUGUUUAAGAAGUGAAAAUGGUAGAAGAGGAUGAUGUGAAGUCUGCAUAAGGAAAGUUACUCCUUAUAUACAUUUAGAAGUUCACAGGCACUGCAAGUGGAAAAUAUUUUAAAAAUCAGAUGUAAAACUAAAAGGGAAUUGGAAGCUUACUCAGGAUCACACAGUUAAUAAUAUUAAUGGUGUGGAUACCGCCUUUGCUUUCUGGUUUGGUUCUUGUGCUUUUUAGUUUUCUGAAUUGUUUUUAAUCUAUAAAACUGUUCUUUUGCUUUAAAAAAAAUGAGUUUGUAUGCAAUAUUGACUUUAAUCCCUACAAGUCUUAAAUCUUACGUAAAUUGUAUUCAAAAGUCCCAGCAGCAUCCCAGAGCCUAAGGAAUCCAUCAAAAAUGUAUUUAAAGCAAACCUUUAAUCCCAGCACUUGGAAGGCAGAAUUCAAGGCUAGCCUGGUAGGCAGAGCUAGUUUGAGGACAGAAAGAGCUACACAGAAAUCCUGUCUCAAAAAAAAGAAAAGGAGAAGGAGGAGAGAGAGAGAGAGAGAGAGAGAGAGAGAGAGAGAGAGAGAGAGAGAGAGAAGAAAGAAAGAAAGAAAGAAAGAAAGAGAAAAGAAAAGAAAAGAAAAGAAAAAAUUAAACCAAAACAAACAACAAACAAAAACUAUUAAAAGUAAAGGGAAAGUUCAUCAAGGUUGUAAAAUUCAAGAUUACUUUUAUAUUACUAAUCACAGUUGUCGUUCUGUAUACUCUGUGUAUGAAAAUGAAAUUUCACCAAGUGAAUUAAAAUUACUCCGUGUACAACCUCAAGAAAAGGAACACAAUCAAGAUGGCAAAACUUAAAGUUAACAGUGAAAAACAAUGGAUGAAAGAAAGUAUAAAUAAGAAACUUCCCAGAUUCAUGGAUCAGAAGACUUAACAUGGUAGUACUGUGUAAACUGUUGAGUUUUGCCAAGAAGUUGUGGUACAUGCCUUUAAUCCCAGGGUGUGGGAGGUACAGGCAAGUGGAUCUCUUAAGACCAACCUGGUCUACAGAGUAAGUUCCAGAACUGCCAAGGCUACACAGAAAAGCUUUGUCUCAAAAACCAAUCAAUCAAUAAAUAAACUAUUCAGUUUCAA